GCGCCCAGCUCCCUUCGGGAGAACUCGGAGAACUAUCUUCCCGCCGCCCUGACUCUCCUUCCCCCACUUCCUGCCUGGGCCCAGCGCGCGGGCCACGGGGCCGCACCUGCAGGCACGCGUUUCCCAUUGGUGACAUCUUGGCGGGCCCGGCGGUGGCACUUCCUCCUCUACACCCCGUGACCCACGUCCGGCUGCCGGUCUUGAAUCACGAGGCCUCCGCUUCCCGGACUCCGGACCCCGCGCCGCCUCGGGGCCGACGGCCCGUCCCUGGCGUGGUUGAGAACAAAAAGAUGCACCUGGACUUUCCCCGGAGCCCUCUGCGUGGUUGAGCUUCGGUGGAAUUUCGGGGCUCUUGGCUGCCAGCCGCGCUUGCCUGGUAGCAACAGAAACCAGUCCCGCUCGCCUCCGUGCCACAAAAAAGCCACACCCAAGAUCACCUGACACCCACCCUGUCAAGUGUCCAUGAUGCUGGGCCCUGAGGGAGGUGAAGGCUUUGUGGUCAAGCUCCGUGGCCUGCCCUGGUCCUGCUCUGUUGAGGACGUGCAGAACUUCCUCUCUGACUGCACGAUUCAUGAUGGGGCCGCAGGUGUCCAUUUCAUCUAUACUAGAGAGGGCAGGCAGAGUGGUGAGGCUUUUGUUGAACUUGGAUCAGAAGAUGAUGUAAAAAUGGCCCUGAAAAAAGACAGGGAAAGCAUGGGACACCGGUACAUUGAGGUGUUCAAGUCCCACAGAACCGAGAUGGAUUGGGUGUUGAAGCACAGCGGUCCCAACAGUGCCGACAGCGCCAACGAUGGCUUCGUGCGGCUUCGAGGACUCCCAUUUGGAUGCACAAAGGAAGAAAUUGUUCAGUUCUUCUCAGGGUUGGAAAUCGUGCCAAACGGGAUCACAUUGCCUGUGGACCCCGAAGGCAAGAUUACAGGGGAAGCGUUCGUGCAGUUUGCCUCGCAGGAGUUAGCUGAGAAGGCUCUAGGGAAGCACAAGGAGAGGAUAGGGCACAGGUACAUCGAGGUGUUUAAGAGCAGCCAGGAGGAAGUUAGGUCAUACUCAGAUCCCCCUCUGAAGUUCAUGUCCGUGCAGCGGCCAGGGCCCUAUGACCGGCCCGGGACUGCCAGGAGGUAUAUUGGCAUCGUGAAGCAGGCAGGCCUGGAGAGGAUGAGGCCCGGUGCCUACAGCACAGGCUACGGGGGCUACGAGGAGUACAGUGGCCUCAGUGAUGGCUACGGCUUCACCACCGACCUGUUCGGGAGAGAUCUCAGCUACUGUCUCUCCGGAAUGUAUGACCACAGAUAUGGCGACAGUGAGUUCACAGUGCAGAGCACCACAGGCCACUGUGUCCACAUGAGGGGUCUGCCAUACAAAGCGACCGAGAACGACAUUUACAACUUCUUCUCUCCUCUCAACCCUGUGAGAGUCCAUAUUGAGAUCGGCCCAGAUGGAAGAGUGACGGGUGAAGCAGAUGUUGAGUUUGCUACUCAUGAAGAAGCUGUGGCAGCUAUGUCCAAAGACAGGGCCAAUAUGCAGCACAGAUACAUAGAACUCUUCUUGAAUUCAACAACAGGGGCCAGCAAUGGGGCGUAUAGCAGCCAGGUGAUGCAAGGCAUGGGGGUGUCUGCUGCCCAGGCCACUUAUAGUGGCCUGGAGAGCCAGUCAGUGAGUGGCUGUUACGGGGCCGGCUAUAGUGGGCAGAACAGCAUGGGUGGCUAUGACUAGUUUUGUUAGGAACAUUUGAGUUAUUUCAAUCAAAUUUUCACAGGCAGCCAACAAGCAGUUAAGAGCAGUUAUAAUAGAGGAAGCUGGGGGACCCAUUUUGCACCAUGAGUUUGUGAAAUCUGGAUUAAAAAAUUACCUCUUCAGUGUUUUCUCAUGCAAAAUUUUCUUCUAGCAUGUGAUAAUGAGUAAACUAAAACUAUUUUCAGCUUUUCUCAAUUAACAUUUUGGUAGUAUACUUCAGAGUGAUGUUAUCCGAGUUUAAGUAGUUUAAGUAUGUUAAAUGUGGAUCUUUUACACCACAUCACAGUGAACACACUGGGGAGACGUGCUUUUUUGGAAAACUCAAAGGUGCUAGCUCCCUGAUUCAAAGAAAUAUUUCUCAUGUUUGUUCAUUCUAGUUUAUAUUUUCAUUUAAGAUCCUUUAGGUUAAGUUUAAGCUUUUUAAAAGUUAGUUUUGAGAAUUGAGACACAAUACUAAUACUGUAGGAAUUGGUGAGGCCUUGACUUAAAACUUUCUUUGUACUGUGAUUUCCUUUUGGGUGUAUUUUGCUAAGUGAAACUUGUUAAAUUUUUUGUUAACUAAAUUUUUUUCUUAAAAUAAAGACUUUUUCACAAUGACUGGCACAGAUUACUCAGCAAAAGAUAGCAAAAUGGGUUGAAGAUAAUUCAUUUUAAUCGUAAUGUAUUUUAGUGUGAAUUUAAAAAUUUCAUACAUCAAAUCUAUGAUCUCCCUUAUAUUCUUAUGAUGAGGCUAAAUAAAAGUCUAAUAAAAAUGUUAAAUAUG